AUGGCUACACCUUCCACACCCAGGCUGCCACCAUCCUGCCCAACAUCCACUACAUGCACAUCAUGCCUGGCCCUGACACCCCCAAGUGCUGCAAUUGUGCUUUUGUUUCUGCAUCAAAACCAGACCCUGCAGCUCCUGCCACCCCAACACCAUCUGCACCUUUGCCAUCCUUUGGACAGACCCUUCCUGAAUAUGCCUGCCAAUGCAAGGAGGGCUACACCAGCAACAGCACCAUAUCAUGCCAGCUGGGUUUACUGA